CUCACAUCAUUCUCAUUAACUCCUAAUCUUAUAAUGACUACUUCCACUCUUGCGAUUCUCCUUGCCAUCGGAACUUUUAUUGCGGUUUCUCAAGUUCAAUCUGCGGUUCUUCCAGUAUCAUCGACUGAGUUGGCAACUGUUGGAACUGAUGUUUCAACAGCUUCAACUGCCAUCGACACUCUAGGAAAUUCUAGCUCAAGAGUGAAAAGACAAGGAGGAUGUGGGUGCUGCGGUUGUGGAUGUGGAUGUUGUGGAUGCGGAGGAGGAGGUGGUGGAUGUGGAUGCUGCUGUUGUAGACCAAGAUGCUGCUGCUGCUGUCGCCGUUGCUGUACCUGCUGUAGAACUUGCUGCUGCACCAGAUGCUGCACUUGCUGUCGUCCAUGCUGUUGUGGAUGUGGAUGUGGAUGUGGAUGCUGUGGAUGCGGAGGAGGAGGACGUAAGCGUCGUUCCCUCCAAAACCUCAGAAUCGAUGAUGCUAACCGUGCUCUCGGAAUCAAGAGAAAGUCCUCAAAGGCUGACAGAUGUUAAAUUCAGUUGAUUCUUAUUUAUUUUUGGCACCCAGCUACUUAACUUAUUACUAAAAUUAGUAAUAUUUAUCCCAAUAAUAAUAAUAAUAAUAAAUUUGUGUUGUCCUUA